GGUGUUACCGGCUCAUAUUAUAUCAAGUUUGAAAAGCAAACAUAGGAUCAGAAAUGAGCCGCCUUCAAGUUUUCAUAUUGCACGUGUGAUAUUUUUUCAAGGUUCCUCUUUAAAACUUAACUCUCAGAUUCCGGCAGCGUUUCCCUUUCAGCUGCGCGUUCAGCGCAUCGCACUCGCUGUGGAUGCGUCUAGAUUCACUCCGUUUAUAAGCGUUAGUGCUCUUAACUAGCCGCUGGGAUCGGUUAAAUGCUGAGUGUGGAAUCUCCAGUUCUUCUCCACUGCCGGAUAACACCGUGGCUUUUUUGAAUGAGGAUAUCAGGUCUUACUCAGACGUGCACGGUGGGGCACGAGCUCUGAAGAAUGAACCGAUAAUAUAAAUCAUCUGUGAGAUCCUUCAGGACUUCGAUAACCGCGCGAUCUAUUUACUCCGGCGAACAAGGUCAUGAUGUAUUCGCCGAUUUGUCUAACACAGGAUGAGUUUCAUCCCUUCAUUGAGGCUCUGCUCCCUCAUGUCCGUGCCAUAGCCUACACCUGGUUCAACCUGCAGGCGAGGAAACGCAAGUACUUCAAGAAGCACGAGAAGCGGAUGUCCAAGGAUGAGGAACGGGCCGUAAAAGACGAGCUGCUCAGUGAAAAGCCUGAAAUCAAGCAGAAGUGGGCGUCCCGUCUCCUGGCCAAGCUGCGCAAGGACAUCCGGCAGGAGUACCGGGAAGACUUUGUGCUCAGCGUAACAGGCAAGAAGCAUCCAUGCUGUGUUCUCUCCAACCCUGACCAGAAGGGCAAGAUCCGCCGAAUCGACUGUCUGAGGCAGGCUGAUAAAGUGUGGCGGCUGGACCUGGUGAUGGUCAUCCUGUUCAAAGGUAUUCCACUGGAGAGCACAGAUGGCGAGCGACUGGUCAAGUUCCCGCACUGCACCAACCCGGCACUUUGCGUCCAGCCCCACCACAUCACUGUCUCGGUGAAAGAGCUGGACUUGUUUCUGGCGUACUAUGUUCAGGACCAAGACUCGCAGCAGUCAGGAAGUCCCAGCAACAAUGAGCCUGGCAAGAACCCUCCAGUUUACUUGGAAGACAGCUUUGUUAAAUCAGGGGUCUUCAGUGUUUCGGAGCUGGUGAGAGUGUCCAGAACUCCCAUCACGCAGGGUGCAGGAGUGAACUUCACUAUGGCUGACAUGCCGAGCCAACCAUAUUAUCAAGACCUGAACUCUGGAGUGAGUUUACACCGGUCCCUCUCGUCCCCACCUGGCAGUAAGCGGCCUAAGACGAUCCCAGAGGACAGUAUGGAGACCAGUCCAACUGGGCCGGACUUCUACUCGUCCCCCAGUUCCCCGGCCAGCAGACCUUGGCAUGAGAGAGACCAAGCAGACAUGUCCUCUCCCACCAUGAAGAAGCCAGAGAAGCCAUUAUUCAGCCCCACAUCUCCACAGGACUCUUCACCUCGGCUUAGCACCUUCCCCCAGCACCACCACCCAGGACUGACCACCGUCGGCCACAGUGUAAUCUCCAGGAGUCCACCUCCACACUCUCCGCUGCAGUUCUCCGCCCCUGCCAUCCUUCCCCCGGCUCCCUACAUCUCUCACGGCGCCAUCCGUUACCCUCCACACCUCAAUCCACCGGACACCCUCAAGAAUUACAUGCAGCCUUAUGACCCGUCCAGUCCGCAAAGCAGCCAGCCUAACAGCAGUGGUCAGGUACUGGGGAAAGUUCCUGGUCACUUCACGCCAGUGCUGGCCCCCUCGCCCCACCAUGGCACAGUCAGACCAGUGUCUCUCUCCAUGACCGACACCAAGCCAAUCACCACAUCCUCAGAGGGUUAUUCGACUCCAGGCACCCCCACUGCCAACCGUUUUGUGGGAUUGAGCCCCAGAGACCCAGCCUUCCUUCACCAGCAACAGCUGAGGAUUUGUGACUGGCCCGUGAAUCAAAACAUCAGGUCAUAUGGCUCAGAGGAGACUUUGGGGAUUUCUUGGCAAAGUCCUGGUACCUGGGCGAGCUUAAUUCCAUUCCAAGUGUCGAACGGGACUCCGAUUCUGCCAACAAAUGUCCAGAAUUACAGCAUAAACAUCAUUGGUGAGCCCCUCCUCCAGGCAGAAUCAAGCAAUUGAAGGGGGCCUAGAACUUGGACCCAGGAGCAACAGGUCCUCGGACAAACCAGCAAGCAGCACUUAUACAAUCGACCUGGACCUUUGUCCCAUCCUCUAAAGGACAUUGGCUUAUAGCAGUAGAGUGAGUGGGGUCAAAGUGUUCUCUUCUGACGUGAGCCUCUCCACACCAGUCAGUCAUUGUGUACGGAGGCCCCUAAACUGAGAUACUGUGAUAUUUACCAUACAAAACUUUAGAUGCCUUACUGUAUAUGCAUGACAUGCUAGUCUUUCGUAGUGUUUCUCUUGUUCUUAUGUCAUGAUUACUAGUCUUGGUUUACGAAAUGAUUUGGAGGGGGCAGCCACACAAGGGCUGGCUGGCUGGACGGUUUGUAAGCGGGCUGCAAUUCUAAUGAACUUUAAUCAAACAGAGGCUCAUCCUAUUCAUUACAUAAACAUAGGAAAAAUUUUGAACUUAAUGUUUCUAUUUUCAUAUUUCCCUCUAAAUUUAAUUUGCCUGUGGUGCAAAAUCUUUUGGAAUUUGCAAUCUUGUCAAUCCUGUACUUGUUUCCUUUAAAGGUAAAGGUUGGAAUUUAUUCUGAAGAGUUAAGGACUCUAAAAACAAAAAAAAACAAAACAAAAAAAAAAACAAUUGUUUUUUUAUUCAACGAAAGAGGAAAAACCUGUAUUACUAGAUAAGAAAUACAACCCCUUUUAAUUAUUAUUUUUUUUUUUUUUAUCCUUUGAAAAGGAUUUUGAGAGAAAAAAGUCAAAAUCUCAUAAGAGGCAAGUGCAAUUUAAAUGAUUUUACUGAAGGGAAGCUAUCAUAGUCUGUCUGCCCUCAGACUCUAAAGGAAGGGGGAGUAAAUGUUUUUUAAGUGAACUUAAACGUAAAACAUAAAAAAAAAAGAAAAAUCUAUUAAAAAAGCUGCACCCUCGAUUCGGUAUACUACGGAAAGCUGAGGGUGGAAAUGUGGGACUGACAGUGAACGUUUACGUGAGCAGAACUGAACACGAACAAGACAGCACUUAUUUUGAGCCGUACCCAAACAUGCGGGUAGUUUUUUUUUUUUAUUUAUUAAAAUGAAAACUUAAAAUAGGUGAAAAGACUCAAACACACUGCGUGUAUAAAAUGGCUUAUUUUGGCAUAUUACUCACCAUUCUAGUAUGCAUGUUUAGUCGGCUGUUAGCUUCUGAAGCUACUGUUUACACUUUGAUAUCAUGAGAAACUAGAUGAACACAGGCUGGUGAAGUACUUUAAGACAAAAUGUGUAUGUGUGUUGUGUGUAAAAUCUGUACUAAUUUCAACCCUAAUCUGCAGGUUGAGGCGAGAUCUCAAGGUGCUUAUUUAACGCCCACUUUGGUAGUUCCCAACAGUCGCAGUCCCAGAAAUCUACGAUUGCUCCUGGCAUUUUCUAUGCCAUUGCCUCUCCAAUCAGACAUAUUUAUAUAAUUACUCUUUCCAAUAAUCUUAAUUUGCACGAAAAUACAGUAUAUAGUCCACGUUACGUGCCUUGCCUUCGACUAUAGAAAACAUCACUACACUUGUUUUUGCUGCAUUUAUUACCGUUUAGAAAGAAAGAAACCGUUUUAUGAUAAUAACUAUUUUGUACUCUGGAUGAAAUUGAGACAUUGUUGAUUUUUAGCUUCAUUUACUACUUUAUCUCACAUUUACAGUGCAUAUCAAGGCUGUGUAUAGUUGUCGUUCUAAAGUUUAUAAUCUACCAGCAUUAUUUUUCCAGUAUUUCAUUGGUUUUCAUUUUUGAUUCUGUUUUAAUCACGUGUUUGUUUUUCCAUCUUCCAGUCAUUAUUGGGGAGGGAGGGGUCCAGAUUUAUAACAAUUAUGCAAUACCAAGUUUUGCCUAUGUAGGUAGUGCUUUUAGCUAUGUGGAUUAUUAGAAGCUAGCACAUAAAUACAGAUAGUGUAAACAUUUAUUUUAUUGUUGUUGUUGUUGUUGACAUCGUUGUUGUUAUUUUUCCGUUUUUUUUUUUUUUUUUUUCUUAAUUGACCAAAGUGGGAACUGCUUUCUAUGCAGUGUGUGACAAGGUCUUUUUUUCCCCCUUGAGUGUACCAAAAGGUGGAGAGGUGCAUGUAAGAGUCGUUUUGUUUCAUAUUCUAUAUAAGGGGAGGACGUUUUUCUAGACUUUGAAGCAUGUCUGUAAAGAAUGCACCAUUUGGUCUAAUAUGGCUGCAAAGUCACUGAUUAGUCUACUGUGACUAACAAACUCCUUCAAACUUUCCACCUGGGGUGCUAGUUUGACUCCCGGAAGAAGAUAACUUUCUUAGAGGAGACAGCUUGACUUGAGAGCGACAAUCACCAGUGAAAUUAUUCAAUAUUAUUGCAUCGUCAUUUCAGACAUAUUCUCAUCCCAUGAGUAACUACCCCGUUCUCGCUGCAGAAUAAACAAUGCAGCUAUAUGCAAUUCCCAAGUAGAUGCCUUAAACGAACAAGUGACUUGUUAUAAAAUGCGCUACAAUCACCACCACGCAAGUUCAUGCGUGUUAAAUAUGUCACAAUCAGAAAAUAUCCAUUUAAAUUUACCGCCUUAUUGAGAUCAUAGUUCAUAGACGGAUAAAACCCCCCUUGGGGACAAUAAGUUAUUUCUAUUGAUAUUGUUAUUUUGGAGUUGUUUCGUAAGCUAUAUAUUUCGGUGAAAAGGAAUCAUUUAAUGCUCUUAUGGUCUCGAGGAUCAAGGAAAUCUUUGUUGGAAAAUAAAACGGUUUUGCACCUACAGCUUAUAGGCAAUCAUCCACCCAUAGUGUCCUUCCAAUUAAACACAGAACAACAAAAACUCAGGCUUUUUGCUACACAGGGGAUUACCAGCAUCAUUUAAAAUACACCUUUUUAUAAUAGUACUUCAACACACUAAAACUCCCCUUUAUAUUAAUUGUAGUUUGAAAUUCUAGCUCUUAAAUCUCUACACAGUCUGUUUUCAGAGACCUCAAGUCAAGCUGCCACUCUCCUUCCUCAUUCAAGAUUUAAUAAUUAAACUAGAAAAAAAGCCACCCCGUUCAAUGUGCACUGUUUCGCCUUUUAGUUGUUUUUGAUUUGUGUAAAAUAAGUGCUUUGCAGUCUUCUGGACGUUGGCAAUGCCACUGAAGUGCAUUUUCUCCUAGUGUGAUGGGAGUGUCAGGGUCAUAGAAGUAAUACUCGUAUUCUUAAAGGAAUGUUCCAGGUUCAGUACAAGUUAAGCUUGACAUUUGUGGCAAAAUAUUGAUUAUCACAAAAAUUAAUUUAGACUAGUCCCUAAAAAAUCCAGGUUCCAGUGAGGCACUUGCAAUGGAAGUGAAUCCAAUCCAUAAAGGUUAAAUUACUUACUGUUUCAAAAGUAUAGCCACAAGAUGUAAACAAUAUGUGUGUUAACAUGAUUUUAGUGUGAUAAAAUCACUUACUAACCUUUUCUGUGUAAAGUUGUCCAAUUUUUUCAACUUGGUUGCCUUGACAGCAUAAAGCGGUAAACCCUAAAACAAAUGUAAAAACUAUUUAAACAACUUUACAGCUCAAAUGAUAAACAUGUUUUUACAGAAUAAUUAAAGUAAGUGCUUUAAUAAAAUUAUAAGCUUCAUGUUUCUGCCUUUAAACACUCCAAAAAUUGGCCCCAUUCAUUUCAAUUGUAAAUGCUUCACUGUAACCUUAAUUUUUGCUUUUAAUUUUUUCGAAAACAAUUUUUUGUGGUAAUCAACAUUAUACCACAAAUGCUGUUGAUUGAGCUUAACUUGUAUUGAAACCGGAAUAUUCCUUUAAGGUGCGCUGGAAACCGUGAAGGAGGCCGUAGUUUGGGGCCAUCUCCAUGGCCGUUGUAAUAGCAAUUGUUUUUGGUAGUCAUCGUUAUGGGUUAAAAUCUGCUCUGGCAGCUUUGUGAAAUGUGAGUGUGUAGAUGACUUUGUCAGAGUGUUUGUUAAAGGAUGACUCUGACACUACAAGAGGAGAGUAGAUGAGGGUAUUUCUGUUGAAUUACCUGCCUUGUUGACAAAAGUGUGUACACUGUAAAUUUCUUUUUUUCCCCAUUUGUAAAAAAAAAACAAAAAAAACGUUUGACUUAAUCGUGAAUUUAAAUGAUGUCCAUAUUUUUUAGCGAAACAAAAAACAAACAAAAAAUGUGUUUAGAUUCGUGUUACAACUCUCCAGCUGUCCAUUAAAUAAGAAAGAGGUUGACUUUGUAAUUCUUUAUUUUUGUUUUCCUGUACUUAUAAAGUGGAGUGAAUUCCUGUAAGGGACUGUAAAUGUUUAAAACAAAAUGAUGAAGGUCUUUUGUUGUAUUUCGUGUUAUUAACUUGGAUCCUUGAGACAUUUCAUAAAUGUUUGAAGUGUUGUUUUGUUAGUGUGGCCAUAGGGUGCAUUUGAUGUGAUUAUGUGAUAUUGAAAAUGGGAAAAGAAAUGUUGAAAUUUGUGUUAAGUAGGGUCAUUUUUACUAUUUUUUACUGUUGGGGAACUCCUAGUCACUUUAGAUUAAAGGCACCUGAUUUGAGUCUCCCAACAACAAGUACCAGGGUAAUGUCACUGAAGACAUCACAGAAUAUUCUACUGUCUUUUGCAAAAUUAAGCAUGCAUUAUUUUCCCCAUCAAUGGAGGCUGACCCACCAUACAAUAUACAGAACGCUUGCUGAAAGGGUGAUCUUUUUCGGCAAGAUACUAUGCCAAUACUGGCACGUAGGCAUCUCCAUUCUGCAGUGUUUACAUAUGUCCGCUCUGGGCAGGGAUUGCCGUGUUAGGAUGAAUGCUGGUCGCAUUCGAUAUGUAGUUUUCAGGGCAGGCUCAGUACGGAGAGAAAUGCAACUCCUAAAAGCCUUUGUGUGGAUAUGCAGGCAUCUUUUUUAUGUUGCCAUCGCAGAGGAAAACAGCUGAGCAUUUGCACUUUCGGCAGUUCCCACUAGCUCUUUGAUUGGCACAUCGUUUGUUGUUUGGAUUACGUCAAGCAGUUAUGAUGCUCGAGUGUUCAUAGUCGGACUGAGUGUUGCAUUGGUAGCUCAGAGCACUGCCCCUCACCACAGCAUACAAUGUUAUGAGGCUUAUAUGAUGGUCAAUUUAAACUUUAUUUUGGGGUACAAGUAGCGAUGUUUGUUUUUUCAAAGGGCUGAUCUCAUUGGUAGUUUCAGAAAUGAGUUAAGAAAUUACAUAUUAAUGGUAGUAAGAUGUCCUGGUAAUGUUGUGAAAGCCAUGGUAAUGGCUCUACAUGUAGAUAAUUUAUGCAAGGUGGACCAGUGGAACUCAUGCAAUGUCUGUUUUCAGCUCUUCUGUGUGUUAGUGCAGGGAAAGGUAGGAGGACAUUUUUGUCCACAUCCACUCUUAUAUUUCCAUUUCUAGAGCAUUUCCAACAGCAUGAGUGAUCAUUGACAUGAACAGGAACAUUUUCAAAAAUGACAUAUUAUGAGACAUUUACCAGAAAAAAAGAAAAAAAGAAAGAAAAAAAAAGUUUUUUUUUUUUUUUUUCAAGCAGUGCCUGUUUCAGCUCAAUGUCUCAGUGGACUUUCCCUUGUAAAUAGAAAAAGCAUUGAAUUUUCUUUAGGGAAUACAAUAAAUGUUCAAUCAAAACUCAAUCUGUGGGAUGCCUCACCCCGUGUCUUUCCCCCUGAAAUGUUUCUGCUUAUUUUGGUCCUGGUUCUAUGUUUGUUUUGUGUUUUUGUGCUUUGUUCAAUUUUGGAUAUUUUAGUCAAAUGGGAUUCCCCCAGUCUCUAUUGCAAGGAGAAAAAGUAAUAGUUGGGCAGUGUGUUUUUCUAGACUACACUUAGUACUAUAAUAGAUUACAAAAAAAUGUCAGAUGAAAAAAAAAAAAAAAAAAACAAUUGCCAGCUCCACAGCAGAGUUAAUUUUUCUUUUCUUUUUGAAGAGGUGGGUGGGGGGGUCUUGUGGCACUUUUAUGCCCACUGCAAUCUCAGUGGUAUUGUGGUAGGUUGGUUUAUAGCAUGACAACAACACUAACACCAACAAAUGUUAUAAAGUUGUAACAGUUUUUGUAGGGAUUGUGGAAACACGGCGGUCAUAUGCAAAUAUUAAUGUAUGUUCUGAAUGUACAUUAUAGAAACACUUUAUGGAGUUUUUGUGUUUUUACUCACAGUUUAAGACAUGUAGGUGUCCUUCAAGAAGCUGUAUAAUGAAGGCCUUGUUUUAUUUUCAUCUAUUGAUUUCACUUUUUGGUUUUCACAGCUAUAAACAGUAGGCAUUGCCUUCAAGCUGGUUGCAUUUGGUGCAGGGGCUAAAAUUGCCACAAGAUAAAAAAUGAGUGUAAAUAACGCUUGACUUUUUUUGUGAUUGUUAUGGUUAUAUCCAGCCUAUACUGCUAGCAGCUGUUUUUACUGCAGUCAAUUACUGGAAGUGGAUAUAUUUCCUAUGCAAAACUGUUUAAACAAUAAAAUGAGCUAUGCUACAAAGCAACCAUUGCCUGGA